CUCUUUCAAUCCCAAUCCCAAUCCCAAUCCCAAUCCCAUCCCCAAAUUCACAAAUCAAAUCUCUCUCUCUCUCUCUCUCUCUCUCUCGAUUUUCUCUCUGUUUUUCUUUUCCUGGAAAAUUUUUCACCACUCUUGUUGGGUUGGCUUCAAUCUGGAAAAUGAGAUGGGAAAAGUUGCAGAUGGGUCCGGUGUAUGGACCCGGGAAGAUGUGGGGACACACCUGUACCGCCAUUAGAGGAGGCAAGUUUCUCUACGUUUUUGGUGGCUAUGGCAAAGAUAACUCUCAGACCAACCAAGUACAUGUCUUCGACACUGCUACAAGGACAUGGAGUGACCCUGUUAUGAAAGGCACACCGCCGGUGCCGAGGGACAGCCACAGCUGUACUGCUAUUGGGGAUAAUCUGUUUGUGUUUGGGGGUACAGAUGGACAGAACCCUCUGAAUGAUUUGCAUAUUUUAGACACCUCUACACAUACAUGGAUCUCACCAAGUGUAAGAGGUGAGGGACCGGAGGCACGAGAAGGCCACAGUGCGGCAGUUGUUGGUAGACGACUUUUCAUAUUUGGUGGGUGCGGAAAAUCUUCAAAUAAUUCUGAUGAAGAGUUUUUUGAUGAUCUCUACAUUUUGAAUACUGAGACUUUUGUCUGGAAACGUGCUGCAACAUUAGGCUGUCCACCAGCAAAGCGUGAUAGCCAUACUUGCUCAUCUUGGAAGAACAAAAUCGUUAUAAUUGGUGGUGAAGACUCAUAUGAUUAUUAUCUCUCUGAUGUUCAUAUCCUUGAUGCUGAUACCCUUGUGUGGAGCAAGCUGUUCACUUCAGGCCAACUCUUGCCACCUCGAGCUGGGCAUACAACAGUUGCCUUGGGAAAGAACUUGUUUGUCUUUGGGGGUUUCACUGAUGAGUCAAACCUAUAUGAUGACCUUUAUAUGCUUGAUAUCGAGACUGGUGUAUGGACUCAGGUGAUGGCUACAGGCAACGGUCCUUGUGCCAGAUUUUCCAUGGCCGGGGACAGUUUGGAUCCACAAAAGAGCGGUAUUCUUGUAUUUCUUGGUGGUUGUAGUAAGAAUCUUGAAGCAUUGGACGACAUGUUUUACUUACACACAGGACUUACAACUGAAAAUGAGCGAGAUGAACGUCGGCUAGAGAAGUUAUCUUUAAGGAAGCAACUGAAGUUAAAGUGCCAGGAGCAGAAUAUGCUUACUCCUCCUGCGUAUGAUAAGGCACUGGUCAGAAUUGAGACAAAUGCUGAUCUUUACCAACCGAUUCCUAUGCCAAGUAUAGAACCAAGCAAACCACAUGUGUAUUCAAGGGAAUACCAACCGUUUCCAAGGAAGAGGACAUUUCAAGCUAAGGUUACCAAAUGUUUCCCAGUUGGCUACACUAUUGAAACUAUUAUUGAUGGAAAGAUUCUUCAUGGAGUAUUAUUUUCCAACAAAUUAAGCUUUAACCAUAUUGAUGAUAAUUCUAAAAGGAGAAAGGGAGCUGUCGAAAUCGAUGGUGUUAAGCUGAAGGAUAAUCAGAAAUCUAAAUCGGAAAUUGAUAGUGCUCAUGGAAAAAAUACGGAAGCUGCUGCUGCCACCGCCAAUACAAAGAGUCCAGCACCUUCUGAUGCUUCUCAGCCCCACGAGGAUGCUGGAAACUUAAAAGUGCCGGUGGUGGCUGACAUAAAUGUGGAAGAUAAUGAGACAGGCAUCGCACCAAAUUCCAGCAUGGAAGUCCAUAAAGAGAAUCCAUCUUCAGCAGACAAGGACUAUCACUUUGUUCCCAACCCUAGAGGGCAGAGCAUUGACUGCUGAAGAGGAUGGUUCCUUGAUUAAAAAUGAUCCGGUGUGCAAUCACUUUGAAGCACUCGGUGAUAAUAUCAUUUUGAGGCGACUUUAGGACUUAACUUGAAGAACAAGACCAGCCGUUGUACAUUCUUCGUCACAGGUGAUUACAGAAACUGUUCUUCCAAACUGGUGGGGAUUAGCGGCACGCUCAUGCUCCGACUUCCAUUUCUGCAGUAGGUUUAAUAUCCAUAAUAUGCUCUGUAAUUGUAUGUAGUAAUGUCGUCGUUUUAUCUAGUACUUAACGCUAACUGCUUCAAAUUCAACUCGGUCAUAAAUUACUGAAAUCAACAACAGUUGCUCCUCGUGAGUUUAUAACUGCAAUGAAUGUCUUGCCAGAGUUAGUAGUA